CCAAAGCCCAAGCGCUCAACUUGUUUUAACAAACAAAAAAAAAAGCGCUCAAAUAAAAAGAAAAUACAGAGCGAAAAAAAAACAAUCGAUUUACAGAGAUUCGUCUUCAGCUAUUCUUCCUCUCAUCAAUCGAUCCGGUGUCUGCAAUUCUCUCAAAUCCUUCAAUUUCCGAGUCCACUCAGUCGACUCGCCUACUUCUCCGAUCCCACCUCGACUCUGCUCCCGCAAUUCCAACUCGUAAGUCUUCAGAUUCAAAACCCUAGCCACGAACCACGAUUCUCCGCCCCCAAUUCAUUUUCGGGAUUCCGGUCUUUCCAAAGCGAUUUCCGUGUUGGUGUUCUGCUGUUGUUUCAAUUUGCGGGAUUGUUUUCCCGUUUAAUUGAAAAACCCUUCUGCAUUUCCUUGGUGGGGUUCGAGGAAGGAGGAUUAGCGCGGCUGUACUACGAGGGGAUAGCAGUAUGAGCAUUGAUAGCCCCGGAGAAGAAGAGGAUUAGGGUUUGGAUUUAAGCGUGUUUUCUCGAGCUGAAGAUUGAUUUUGGGGCAUUCCAUGGGCGAUGGCGGUGUUGCAUGCGUCCCUUCACAGCAUAUUAUGGAGAAGUUCGCAAUUUGCGGGGGCAAGACCAAUGGCAACACCAAGCUCAAUUCCGUUUCUAAGACUUCCGUCAAGUUGGCUAAAGUGAACCAGAAGAUGAAGCCGAAAAAGUACAAGGGAACCGAGUUGGGCACGAACAAUUUUGGCAGUUUGAAUAACAGAGAAGUUGCUGAGAAGAAUGGCAGUGAUGAUGUUUCUAACGACAACAACAAAGAUGAAGUGGAGGAGGGUGAGUUGGGGACCCUUCCCUUUGAGAAUGGGGAGUUUGUUCCUGAGAAACCGUUGAGAAGGUAUGAAAUUAAGAGUGAGGUUGAGAAGGGUGAGUUCAUCCCUGGGAAGUAUCGAAAGGGUGGUGGCGAAUGGGAGAAAAACGAUUGGAGUUCCUCGAAAGAGGAUCUGGAGAAGGGGGAGUUUGUCCCCGAUAGGUGGUGCAGAAGUGAUGCUGCGAACAAGGCUGGCGAUUUUGGCUACUCGAAGGCUCGGAGAUUUGAUGCUGCUAAGGAAAAAGGAUGGAAGAACGAGCGCGAUUGGACGUCCCCUUCUGCUAGGGAAAGGGGAUGGAGAGCUGAUCGUGAAUCCGAUUGGUCUCCUCCUCCUGCUAGAGAAAAGGGCUGGAAAGGUGACCGUGAUUGGACGUCGCCUUCAUCAGGUAAGUAUUCCAGUGAGAAGGAACUCGGCAGAAGUGGUGGGAGUGUUCAGAAUUUGAGGAAAAUCUCUUCCAGAUAUGAAGCUGAGAAAACCCCCAAAAUCAGCUCCAAAAUAACUGGUGAAGAAGGCACUUUGAAGAAUGACUUCACCAAUAGUAAGAGCCAUGGAAGAGACUAUUCCUUCGGCAACCGCUUAAAGCGGCAUGGUAGUGAUUUCGAUAGUAAUGAGCGGAAGUAUCGUGUUGACUACGACGAGUAUUCUGGUUCGAAAAACAGAAAGCUAUCGGACGAGGGCGGCCGGCCUGGUUUCCCGUCGGAUCACUACUCCGGCAGGGCUACAGAGAGACCGUACAAGACUUCUUCUUCUUCUUCGUCUCGAAAUAUUCCAUCUGAAAGGCAUCCUUCGAGAUAUAUGGAGUCAUCUAGAGCAGCCGCAGCUCAUGACAGGCACAAUGACAGCCCUCAUCAUUCUGAGCGGUCCCCACAUGACCGGGCCCGCAAUCAUGAUAACCGGGAUCGCAGCCCUGCGCUACGUGGUACGCCAACCUACGACCAGUAUGAUCGAAGUAAGUCACCUUAUGAUCGUAGCCGUCACUAUGAUAAUAGGGGCCGAAGUCCUGCUCAUGUGGAACCCUCCCCUCGCAACCAUGGCCGCAAUCGGGAUGGUAGGGAUCGAUCUCCAACUUUGCUGGAGAGGUCACCACGUGAUCGAGGUAGGUACACUGACCACCGGGAAACAAAUCGCAAAACUGGAGGUGGGGAGAAGCGCCCUGGCCAUUAUGGUAGCAAAGGGCAAGAAGGAAAGCAUAGUCAGGUGAAGGAUUCUGGUGGAAGGGAGUCACAGUUUUUGGCUAAAAAAUCACCAGAUGGAGGAAAUGUUGAUAACAGAAGUGUCUCCGCAGAUAAAAUUUCUGGGCCCUCGUGGGACCAUGAAGAGUUACCUCAGAGUCCUUUGCUUAAAAGUGUUGAAUUGUCUCAAGAAAAUGGAAUUUCUGAAGAAGCAGCAUCAAUGGAAGAAGACAUGGACAUCUGUAACACUCCACCUCAUGUCCCGCAAGUGGCAAAUGCAGUCGCAGGGAAGUGGUAUUACCUGGACCACUUUGGUGUCGAACACGGGCCUUCCAAGUUGUCUGAUCUCAAAACACUUCUUGAAGAGGGCUAUCUUGUAUCAGAUCAUUUGAUCAAACACUUGGAAAGUGACAGGUGGGUAACUGUUGAAAAAGCGGUUUCACCGUUGGUUACUGUGAACUUCCAUUCUGUUGUUCCAGACACAGUUACUCAACUUGUCUGUCCUCCUGAGGCUCCUGGUAAUCUAUUGGCAGAUAAUGGAAACGAAAUAUCCAGUAAUGAAGAAUUACCCGUCUCUUCUUCAAAUCAGAUAAUCUGCUCUGAGGACAUAUUGGUCAUUUCCAAGUCUGUAGAAGAUUUUCAUAUCAAUGAUAGAGUUGGAGCACUCCUAGAGGGUGUCACACUAAUUCCCGGCAAGGAAGUCGAGAUGCUUACUGAACUGCUGCAAAUUUCAUCAGAGCAUGAGGACUGGGAGAGAUGGUGGAAAUCACAAGGUUUUACAUGGCACCAAAAGGAUGUGGAUGAGCAUUUUGAAGAUAGUGGUUCUGAACUUCAUGCUGAAGAAUCAAGACCUACUGUACUUUCCUCGUUGGAAAGGGAUAAUGCACUGGAUUAUAAUGAUACUGGUGAAAGUUUCUUCAGCCAAUGGGUGUGCAGGGGGUGUGAUUGGAAGAGAAGUGAUGAAACUACUCUAGAUAGAUCUUGGAAGAGAAAGAUUGUUCUCAAUGAUGGCUAUCCCUUAUGUCAGAUGCCCAAGUCUGGUUGUGAAGACCCCAGGUGGGAGCAAAAGGAUGACUUAUACCACCCUUCUCAGGGUCGAAGACUUGACUUGCCACCAUGGGCUUUCACCUCUCCUGAUGAGUUGAAUGAUCUCAGUGCUACAAGCAGACCUUCCCAAAAUAAACCUGUCCUUCCCAGGGGGGUCAGAGGACUGAUGCUUCCAGUGAUUAGGAUAAAUGCUUGUGUGGUAAAGGACCAUGGUUCAUUUGUAUCCGAAUCCCGUGUAAAAGUUAGAAAAGAAAGAUUCUCUUCAAGGUCUUCGCGCCCAUAUUCCACAAGUAGUGACAUAAAGCAAUCAUCUGAAGAUGGUCCCUGUAAGAGUGCCCAUGAACAAGACUCACACGAUUCUAGUAAGGAUAGUGCACUUGUCAGUAUGCCAAAGGACCGUCUUUACAAGCUUGAUGAAUUGAGAUUGCAUUUGGGAGAUUGGUACUUCUUUGAUGGUGCUGGACAUGAACGGGGACCUCUAUCAUUCUCAGAGCUUCAGAUAAUGGCAGAUCAAGGUGUCAUACGGAAGCACACCAGUGUCUUCAGAAAGCAAGAUAAAAUUUGGGUUCCAGUGACUGUCUCAUCUGAGCCUUCUGGAACUAUAAAGCAUGAGGAGGCUGCAACUAGUUCAACUUUGCUUUCGGAAGCAAGUGGUGGUGUAUUGGAUAGAGACCAGAUAACAGUCAAUAGAUUCCACGGCCUACAUCCCCAAUUUAUUGGAUAUACUCGAGGAAGGCUUCAUGAAUUGGUAAUGAAGUCAUACAAGAGCCGGGAGUUUGCAGCUGCCAUUAAUGAAGUUCUUGAUCCUUGGAUCAGUGCCAGACAGCCAAAAAAAGAGAUUGAGAAACAUAUUUACAGUUCUGAUCACUUCCGUGCAAGCAAAAGAGCUAGGAUAGAUGGGAUCGAAGAGGAGUUUGAGACGGAUGAGGAUGUGCUAAGCCUUCAGAACAAUAAUUGUGAAUUUGAUGAGUUAUGUGCUGAUGUUUCGUUCAGAAAAGGAGAUGAAGUGGAUUCUGAGCUAGAGAGGGGAAGCUGGGAUCUGCUUGAUGGCAAUAUUCUGGCCCGGAUAUUUCAUUUUCUUAGAGCUGAUGUUAAGUCUCUUUUUUAUGCUACCUUGACGUGCAAGCAUUGGCGAUCGGUGGUCAAAUAUUACAAAGAUAUUUCUAAACAGAUUGACUUUUGUUCUAUUGGACCCAACUGCUCCGACUCCACCAUCUUGAAAAUAAUGAAUGAUUACAAGGAAGGAAAAAUAACUUCCUUAAUAUUACGUGGUUGUACCGGCAUUACUGCUGGCAUACUUGAGGAACUUCUUCAGUCAUUACCUUUUUUGUCAUCUAUAGAUAUUAGAGGUUGCACCCAGUUCGAAGAUUUGGUUUCAAAAUUUCCUAAUAUUAAUUGGGUCAAGAGCCGAAAUGCCCAUUUGAAAAUCCGGAGCCUUAAUCACCUAACUGAUAGGAACAUAUCAACUUCUAAUCAUAUGGACGAAUCGAGUGGACUGAAAGAGUAUUUAGAAAGUUCAGAUAAGAGGGACUCUGCAAACCAGUUAUUCCGGCGAAGCUUAUAUAAACGGUCGAAGCUCUUUGAUGCCCGGAAGUCUUCAUCCAUCCUCUCUAGGGAUGCUCAAUUGAGGCGUUUGGCUAUUAAGAAGGCUGGAAACGGGUUUAGGAGAAUGGAGGAAUAUGUUGCUACAAGUUUACGAGAUAUCAUGAAUGAGAAUUCCAUCGAGUUUUUUGAGCCCAAGGUUGCUGAUAUUGAGGGAAGAAUAAGAAAUGGGUAUUAUACCAGACGUGGAUUGAACGCUAUCAAAGAUGACAUCAGUCGUAUGUGCAAGGAUGCAAUUAAAGCUAAAACUAGGGUUGAUGCUAGAGACAUGAAUCGCAUUGUAACGUUGUUUAUUCAACUAGCUACAAGUUUGGAUAAAGGUUCAAAGGUAGAAUAUACAAGAGAUGAGGUUAUGAGAUCCUGGAAAGAUGAUUCGCCUCCUGGCUUUUCAUUUGCUUCCUCAAAAUAUAAGAAGAACCUGAACAAAGGGUCUGAAAGGAAACAUUCAUACAGAAGCAAUGGCAGCCUGUUCAUGAAUGGGCUUUUGGACUCUGGAGAUUGUGCUUCUGAUCGAGAAAUCAGAAGGCGAUUAUCCAAACUAUACAAAAAAUCUUUGGAUUCAGGAAGUGAUACAUCUGAUGACAUGGAUAGAUCUUCCAAUGCAAGUAUCACAGAAAGUGAGAGUACUGCAUCUGAUACAGAAAGUGAUUUAGAAUCACCAUCAGGAGGUGCUAGCAAAGAGUCUAGAGGGGACUCAUUUUUCACACUUGAUGAUGGGCUUGAUUCCUAUGCUGAUGAGCGUGAAUGGGGUGCUCGCAUGACAAAGGCUAGUCUUGUACCCCCUGUCACAAGGAAGUAUGAAGUUAUUGAUCACUAUGUCAUUGUAGCGGAUGAGGAGGAAGUGAGAAGAAAAAUGCAGGUUUCUUUACCUGAAGACUAUGACGAGAAGCUUUCUGCACAGAGAAAUGGCACUGAGGAGUCUGAUAUGGAAAUUCCUGAGGUGAAGGAUUACAAACCCAGGAAAUCCCUGGGGGAUGAGGUCUUAGAACAGGAAGUUUACGGUAUCGAUCCAUACACUCAUAAUCUUCUGCUUGAUUCAAUGCCGGAUGAAUCAGAUUGGUCGCUUGUUGAUAAACAUCUGUUCAUUGAAGAAGUUCUCCUUCGUACUCUUAACAAGCAAGUCAGGAACUUUACUGGUACUGGGAACACUCCUAUGGUGUAUCCUUUGAAGCCUGUAUUUGAAGAGAUACUGGUCACUGCUGAUGAAAAUGGAGACAGAAGACUCAUGCGUAUCUGCCAGUUUAUGCUGAAGGCCAUCGAUAGUCGCCCAGAGGACAACUAUGUUGCUUAUAGAAAGGGUCUUGGAGUAGUGUGCAACAAGGAGGGUGGUUUCAGUGAAGAUGACUUUGUCGUUGAAUUUCUGGGAGAGGUUUAUCCUACUUGGAAAUGGUUUGAAAAACAAGAUGGUAUCCGUGCUCUGCAAAAGAACAAUAACGAUCCUGCCCCAGAGUUCUAUAACAUAUAUCUUGAGAGGCCGAAGGGUGAUGCUGAUGGGUAUGAUUUAGUAGUUGUCGACGCAAUGCACAAGGCGAACUAUGCAAGUCGGAUUUGUCACUCCUGCAGGCCUAAUUGUGAAGCAAAGGUCACUGCUGUUGAUGGUCAGUACCAGAUUGGUAUCUAUUCUGUAAGACCAAUUGCUUAUGGCGAAGAGAUCACGUUUGACUAUAAUUCUGUUACUGAGAGUAAGGAAGAGUACGAAGCUUCAGUUUGUUUAUGUGGCAACCAGGUUUGCCGUGGGAGUUAUCUGAAUCUGACUGGUGAAGGGGCUUUCCAAAAGGUGCUGAAAGAGCAUCAUGGAUUACUUGAACGGCACCGGUUGCUGCUAGAGGCUUGUGAACUGAAUUCGGUGACUGAGGAAGAUUAUAUUGAGCUGGGUAAAGCUGGACUUGGGAGUUGUUUGCUUGGUGGGUUGCCUGAUUGGCUGAUUGCCUACUCAGCCCGCUUGGUGAGAUUCAUCAAUUUUGAAAGGACGAAACUCCCUAAUGAGAUUCUUAAGCAUAAUAUAGAGGAAAAGAAGAGAUUUUUUGCUGAAGUGAACAUGGAGCUUGAAAAGACUGACGCUGAAAUUCAGGCGGAGGGUGUGUACAAUCAAAGGCUCCAGAAUUUGGCUCUUACAAUCGACAAGGUGAGAUAUGUUAUGAGAUGUGUUUUUGGCGACCCAAAGAAUGCCCCGCCUCCACUUGAAAGGCUUAGCCCUGAAGAAGCAGUUUCAUACCUCUGGAGAGGAGAAGGGUCGUUAGUGGAGGAACUUAUUCAGUGCAUGGCUCCUCAUACAGAAGAUGUUACAUUGAGAGAUCUCAAGGUCAAGAUUAAUGCUCAUGAUCCUUCUGGUUCUGAUAAUCCAGAGACGAAGCUUCGGAAGUCUCUAUUAUGGUUGAGGGAUGAGGUCCGGAAUCUUCCUUGUACUUAUAAGAGUCGGCAUGAUGCUGCUGCCGAUUUGAUACACGUAUAUGCUCAUACAAAGUGCUUCUUUAGGAUUAGAGAAUACAAGAGAGUAACUUCGCCACCUGUUUACAUUACUCCGCUCGACCUUGGUCCAAAGUAUGCUGACAAGUUGGGUUCUGGCGUUCACGAAUACUGCAAAACAUACGGCGAGACAUAUUGUUUAGGACAGCUAAUUUUUUGGCACAAUCAAAACGCUGAACCAGAUGCCGCCCUGGCCAAAGCAGGUCGAGGCUGCUUGUCUUUACCCGAUGUUGGCUCUUUCUACGCGAAAAUCCAAAAGCCAUCACGCCAGCGCGUCUAUGGUCCAAGGAUGGUGAAGUUUAUGCUCUCUAUCAUGGAGAAGCAGCCCCAGAGACCUUGGCCGAAGGACCGGAUAUGGUCGUUCAAGAGCUCGUUGAAAUUCGUGGGGAGUCCAACGCUGGACGCUGCGUUGCACAAGGGCUCGAUCGAUCGAGAGAUGGUGCAGUGGUUAAGGCACAGGCCUUCUAUUUACCAGGCGACGUGGGAUAGGUGAAAUUUUUGCAGGCAAUGCUUUUUGAGGAUUCGUUGGUUAAAAAUGGCUGUGUAGUGUAUUAGAUAGUCGUGUUUUUUAGGUGCUGCGAUUCCUCUUGAGGCAUCAUUUUGUUUGCGCUUUUAAUUCUUGUGUACAGCAGCAAAGCAACACACUCUCAUUUUUAGGUCUUGUAAUUUGCAUUCAUUCUUGGGUCAUAGUGUUUGCUCUUUUUAUUAAUGGAAAAUGGCAAAAGAAAAAAAAAAAAAUAUAAAUUGCCAUUGCUUUUCUC